AUGAAUCAGCACCGUCCCCUUACCCCCACCCACUCUCAUUCCAAGUCUGCGAAGUCGCUGACCCCCCGCAACGACCACAACAAGGAGAACCGGGCCCUUGAGCAGGUUCGGGCCGGGCCGCCCGAGGAAGAGGUCAUCAACGAACACGUGGUCACUGAAGGACAGUACAAAAAGACUGUCCUCUCCAAGGCCCUGAUCGGCAAGGCCCUGCAGUCUGCAGUUCUUAAAGAAAGACAGGAUGCCGCCAAGGAUCGCAAGAAGAAGUACCCCCCUACCAAGACCUCUAUCAAGCGCUCAGGGCCGAUCACUUGCUACUCGGCCUGCACCAACCGGGGCAUCGUCAGAUCUUACAACGAGGAUCGGAUUUCGAUCAUCCUCAACCUCAGUCGCGAAAAGACCCUGCACAGUCCUGCUUUCUUUUUCGGGCUCUACGACGGCCACGGAGGGGAUCGAUGCUGCGACUUUUUGAGGGACAGGCUUCAUAGCAUCGUGGAGCGGCAGGCAGAGUUCCCGAUCAACCCGGUUGAGGCCCUGCGCAAAGGCAUCAAGGAGGCAGAGUACCAAUUCCUGACUCUCUGUGAAGAAAAGGGCGAGAAAUCAGGUUCAACGUUGCUAGUGAGUUUGAUCGUUGGUAGCAAGUGCUACAUCGCCAAUGUAGGGGACUGCAGAGCUGUGCUCUCUUCCAACAAGGGCAGAAACUUCACCAACCUGACUCGCGACCAUAAACCGUCAGACGAAGGCGAACAGGUCCGGAUCAUGAAGGCCGGCGGGAAGAUAUUCCACACGCUGUCUCAAAUCACAGACGGGGACAACAAAGUCCUUGAUGAGUCGACAGGCCCCCUGCGCGUUCUGCCGGGCAGGCUGUCCGUCUCUCGGACCAUCGGCGACCCCGAGGCCAAACUGCCCAAGCUCGGAGGCAACCCCUCCGUGGUCAUCAGCUAACCCGAGAUCACGGUGUUCGAGCUGGCCAGCGACCAGGACUUCAUCAUCAUGUGCACUGACGGGGUGUUUGACAAAAUGACCUCUGAAGAGAUGAUCUCUGCAGCUUGGAAGGCGGGCAGAGGGUUUUCUUCUCAUGAGUUCUGCGGGAAGGCGGUGGAAAACGUCCUCCGCGAGGGGAUGAACCGCCGCUCCCUGGACAACCUGUCCGCAGUGCUGAUCGGGCUGUCAGGCCUGGACCAAGAAAAGCACCUCCCCAAGAGCAAGACAUACACUUCCUCAGAGAUGAAGUCUUUUCUCAACGAGGGAAAAAGCAAAUUCAUGCGCUGA